AUGUCCCUACUCACCAGUAUCACAAAACCUCUCCGCCCCCUAACCACCCUCCCCUCCAAACCAACCAAAUUCCUCCCUCUCACCCCGCGCCGCUAUAUCGGAAUCCCUCCGCAAUACCUCCUCGACGAGUACAUCCCCCGCUAUGCGCUGCUCACCUCGAUCGACUCUGCGAAAAAGCGCAGCAAGGCCUACGCGCAUCUAGCAAACUGUAAUCUGUGUCCGCGCAAAUGCGGCGUAAAUCGGUUCGAAACAACGGGCAUGUGCAUGAUCGGCGCCGAGACAGCGAAGGUUAAUGUCAUUGCGCCGCAUCGGGGAGAGGAACCUUGUAUCCAGGGAUUCCAUGGUAGUGGGUCGGUGUUCUUCUCCGGGUGUAAUCUGCGGUGUGUGUUUUGUCAGAAUCAUGAUAUCGCGCACCAACGAAAUGGAUUUGAUCUUACGCCCGAAGAACUGGCAGACUGGUACCUGAAGCUCCAGAAUGUUGGAAACGUGCAUAACAUCAACCUUGUGACGCCGGAGCAUGUCGUACCCCAGGUUGCGCUAUCGAUCCUUGCUGCGCGAGACAUGGGGCUUAAGAUCCCUAUCAUCUACAAUACAUCGUCGUUCGAUUCGCUGGCGUCCUUAGAGCUCCUAGACGGACUAGUGGAUAUCUACCUGCCCGAUUUCAAAGUGUGGAAAUCGGCCACGUCGAAGCGGCUGCUUAAGGCGGAUGAUUAUACGGAGACGGCGAAGGAGAGUAUCAAGGCCAUGCACGACCAGGUUGGGGAUUUGGCGUUUACGAGUGACGGGAUUGCGAAAAAGGGCGUCUUGUUGAGACACCUUGUUAUGCCGGGGAAGGAGGACGAGGGGAGGGAGAUUAUGAAGUGGCUAGCGGAGAAUGUGAGCCGGGAUCUGUAUGUGCAUGUCAUGGAGCAGUAUCAUCCUGAUGCGCAUGUUGGGAAGAAGAGGAGGGUUGCGAGGCGGAAGGCCGCAGGGGAGGAAGGCGGCGGUGCAGAGGGAGAGGUCGAGGAGGUGAGGUACGCGGAGAUCAACCGGGCUGUCAAGGAUGAGGAGAUGGGGAGCGUGAAGGAUGCAGCUGUUGAUGCUGGGCUUUGGAGGUUUGUGGAGGUGAACGAGAAGAGUCUGUUCCAUCUGUGA